GACUAAUAACGGUACUAUGUUGUCCGAUGAUGACGAAAAAGUUGACAAAAAAAACUCUAUGAUGCAAGAUGAGGACGAAAAAGUUAACAGUAAAGAAUUUGCGGCCAAAAAGGACACCGCAAUACAAGAUAAGAACGCGUCUGAAAGUUCUACCGGUCACCAAAAUAGUGAGUUAAACCCAGACGAUAUGGAACUCGACCCAGAAUCUGAAUCUAAUCACGAAUCUGAGCAAGCACCAGAUCUAUGUGAAGCUAUUCCCGGAUUGUAUCGCUUAUUAGACUUAUGCAAAGAUGAAGGAUCGAAUGGUCUUGUGGAUAAAAUUAUAAUUUGGCAACAACACGUGAAACGUCUUUGCAAUGAAUUGGUGCCAAGGAGUUUCAAAUCCAUUUCCAAAAUCGACUAUAAAAAAUUGAAUUCUAAAAGUGUUCAUCUCAUUGGAUGCUAUGGUCGUAAUGAAAUGAUUGCCAAAUUUUUAUUAAAUAAGAACGCUAUUGAUCAAACGAAUUAUAAAUUGUUAAUCGCAUCAUCGUCAAGCCCAAGAAAUGCUUACGGAACAAAUUCAAUUGCAAAUAUGACCUUGCGACCUGGUAUAUAUCUUCUUAAAUUGCCUUUGGUUGAAGCUAAUACGAACCCUUUCGAACAUCAAUUCUUGGUAAUACACUGGAGUGAAGAUGGUUGUUAUGAAGAUUUGGCUUCAUCACAUCUUAAAAAGAAUCUUUCUAAUAUGCAUAGAUAUCUUACGAAACUUACUGAACAUCAAAUAUGCAUAAUGAGUGAAACUGACUUGGAUAAUAUUAACUGGCAAGUAUUCGGAACUGAUGAAGAGGAUCACUCAGCAGAAGAAGACGAUUACGAUGAAAAUGACAUAUGCUACGACUUUGAAGUGAAAAAAAGUCAGGAGCAAAAAGAAAAUUUUGAACUUUAUCCUGGAUUUGAGGUUCAUAUUCCAAAACUCAGCAUACGCGAAAAUAAUUUUGCCAACGGAAGCAUUCCUUUAUAUCCUUUGAUCGUAGAAUCAGUUUCAAAUCAAACAUUCCUUACUCGUGAGAUCCUUCCUGCGACAAAAAAUACUGAGAAAAGCUAUAUAAACUUUAACAGUAUCCAAAAGCUUCACGAUUAUUUUAAAGAUAAACUUGAAACUCAAAAAUGUGCACUUAUCUUAAGUC